AUGUCUGUUUCGCAGUUUACAGACAAGGAGUUCAAAACGAAAAAGUUAACAGAAAAUUCAAGCAAGAAUGAAUAUCUGAAAACUGAAAUUAAACAGGGCAGGACAUAUGCACAAGUGGCAGUAAAUGAGUUUUCUGUUUCACGAGACCAGUUUACAGAUGAGAAGUUUAAAAUUAAACAAUCAACAGAAUAUUCAAGCAGGGGUAAAUACGUUUCAAAAAACAAAACAGAACCCAACAGGGAUCGGCUGCCAACAGAAAGUCUACAGAAGAAAUUAAGUAUCUUGUUCGAAGAACUUCGGCAGAUUCUUGAGAGUGAUGAAUUUGACGACGGCCUAAGAAAAUACUUACACGAAUCCAAUCCAGACUAUCUGAGAAAAAUUGAAAAAUGUAGAAAAGAUCUGCUGAAGGAGGAUCAUGGAAUUGUUGUGGCAGGUGAAACGAGUGCAGGGAAAUCAACGUUAAUCAACAAGCUACUACAAAAAAGGAUUUUCAAAGGCAGGAAUAGAGAAUCCACUUCUACAAUUUGUAAAAUAAGAAAUUCUGAAGAUAUAAGGAUUAUCACUGAACUUUUAAAUGGGGAAACACAAAUAAUUCCUUUACAGUGUAGUAUCGAAACAGAGAAUGUAGAAAAGAUAUUAAGGGAUACAUUGAAAAGAUUAACAGAUAUGACGUCUUCGAAAGACAGCAAAGAUUUUCGAUCUGUAGACGUAGGAUUUCCGAUACCUUUUCUGAAGGGCAAUACAAUUAUAGUUGAUACUCCGGGAAUAGGUGGUUCUGGAGAUGUGAGCAAGAAAGUUAUGGAGUACCUCCCUUAUGCAGUUUCUUUUAUUUUUGUUGUUGAUGUAGGAAGUGCUGGUGGCAUGCAGAAUGACCGGCUUCCGGAAAUUCUGAGGUCAAUAAUUCAUCUCCAAUUAGAAGAUGAGAUGCCAUGCUUUGAUCCAAAAGAUGUAAUAUUUAUAACAAAUAAGUGGGACACUAUAGCAAGAGAUGGGGACAGUGAUGAGGACAGCAGCGACGAAGAUCAAGAAGAAAAGACCUGGAGAGAACUCAAACAGGACAUAAAAAACAUCUGGCCCUCUGUAAAGGAGGAAAACAUUUUCAAAAUGAAUCUUAAGCAUGUGUAUUCAAAAAAGAUGACUGCUUCAACAGUUGCCUCAACGAAAGAAUUUGAAAAUUUUCAACAUUCUCUGAAACGAAUAAUUACAGGAAAUGAAAAUAAAAGACUUUUGCAUCAUUUGAGGUUUGUGGACGGAUUGCUGAAGAAUAUAAUGAAAGGAAUAAAUUCUGGACUAGCCUUAAGCAAAAGAUGUGUAGAAGAACAAAAGGCCUUAACAAAGAAACAUCAAGCGAAAAUCAAUGAUUUAAAAAGAAAAUGGAAAGAGGGGGAAAGGAAAUUACUGGACGAAAUUCAAAAGAUUAUCAAAAAUGAAGCUCAGAGAUUGCUUAACUACAUGUCUACUGAUGUCGGAAAAGAAGCAAUAUUAAAUCCACCAGAACAAAAGAGCAUAACAGAAAUUAUAUACAUCCCAAUCCUUUUCAGUAAUGAGAUCAGAAAGAGAAUAGAGAUGUAUGUCCAAGGUGUAUUGCAUUCAGAACGAAUCCAAGAAAUUUUUUUUAACUUAAGAAAGAGGGCAUUUAAUUUUUAUAGUGAAGUUUCUUUAGAGAUUUCUGAAAUGGAAAAUGAUUGGACAGACCAUUCAGAAGAUGCAUUUGAUCCAAGUGCUGAAGUAGGGUCAAUAAUGGCUCUUCAACUAGUCUUUUUUCUCAGUUUUGGUAUUUAUCCAAUUUGUGUCAGUCUUGGUCUUAAACAAAAAGUCAUAGAUGCGGAAUAUAAAAACUCCUUGUUAACAAUCAAAAGCACAAUAUGCAGACAUCUUCAGGCAAUGUAUGGGGACAUGCUUGAAAAACUAAUUAAAAAGAUAAGUAAGGAAACACUACCAAGGAAGAUAAGAUCUUUAGAGAAUAUGAUUCAGGACGCAUCUGAAAACCGUCAGCGGAUACUUGCCAAUCGAUUCACACUUAUAUGUCUUUCCAAAGAUGUCUCUUUCAUCAAGGAAACAAAAUUAGAAAUACAAAAGAGCAUUGGAUAA